GUCACAGUUGCACGCAAAUGGCAACGAUCCGUCACAUCACACUCGCAUCGCAACUGAAACGGCGGCGAAAUCGGAUAGGACCGAACGCCCACGCCUCCCCAGGACCAGGAGCAGGCGAAUUAAAACAGAGUAAGAGUCCCACUCCCCCCAAGUCGCGGCGAGCAGUUGAGCCGAGACGGAGUGAUCGCUCGAUCAGUGGCGUGUGGAGCGGAGGAUGAGGGUUCGGGAUGGCGACGGCGAGCAGGAGGAGGCGGCGGCGACCGCGCCGCAGCAGCACCUCGUCUUCGCCUAUUACAUCACCGGCCACGGCUUCGGCCACGCCACCCGCGCCCUCGAGGUGGUGAGGCACCUGAUCGCCGCGGGGCACGACGUGCACGUGGUCACCGCCGCGCCGGAGUUCGUCUUCACCACCGAGAUCACCUCCCCACGCCUCCACAUCCGCAAGGUCCUGCUCGACUGCGGCGCCGUCCAGGCCGACGCCCUCACGGUCGACCGCCUCGCCUCCCUCGAGAAGUAUCACCAGACGGCCGUGGUGCCCCGGGAGUCGAUCCUCAAGACCGAAGUGGAGUGGCUCGACUCGAUCAAGGCCGACCUAGUGGUUUCAGAUGUUGUCCCCGUGGCGUGUAGGGCGGCUGCAGAUGCUGGCAUUCGAUCCGUGUGCAUCACGAAUUUCAGCUGGGACUUCAUUUAUGCAGAGUAUGUUGUAGCAGCUGGACACCCUCAUCGAUCAAUUGUGUGGCAGAUAGCAGAGGAUUACUCACAUUGUGAAUUCUUGCUCCGACUCCCUGGAUACUGUCCUAUGCCCGCUUUCCGUGAUGUCAUUGAUGUUCCUCUUGUGGUCAGGAGAUUGCACAAAUCUAGAUCCGAGGUGAGAAAGGAACUGGGAAUUGCAGAUGAUGUUAAGGUGGUCAUUUUCAACUUUGGAGGACAGCCUGCAGGAUGGGAACUGAAGAAAGAGUGGUUGCCUGAUGGUUGGCUCUGUUUGGUAUGUGGUGCAUCUGAUACUAAAGAACUUCCUCCAAAUUUCAUUAAGCUUGCAAAGGAUGCCUACACACCUGAUUUAAUGGCAGCAUCUGACUGCAUGCUUGGGAAAAUUGGAUAUGGCACCGUGAGUGAGGCUAUGGCUUACAAGCUGCCAUUUGUAUUUGUUCGUAGAGAUUAUUUCAAUGAAGAACCAUUUUUGCGGAAUAUGCUUGAGCACUAUCAAUGUGGCAUUGAGAUGAUACGGAGAGAUUUACUUACUGGACAUUGGAAACCUUAUCUCCUGCGUGCUAUAACACUUCAGCCCUGCUAUGAUGGCCCCAUAAAUGGUGGCAAGGUGGCUGCACAUAUCCUCCAGGAUACUGCUGUCGGGAAGAAGUAUAUUUCCGGUAAGUUAAGCGGAGCAAGACGAUUGCGUGAUGCCAUAGUGCUAGGAUAUCAACUACAAAGGGCGCCAGGGAGAGAUGUAGGAAUUCCUGACUGGUAUUCUCUCUCUGAGAAAGAAAUUGGUGUUCGUCCAACACCCACAUCUCAUGAUAUGAAUGGAAGUGCAGAAUCAUCUUUUGAGGACUUCGAGAUACUCCACGGUGAUAUGCAAGGAUUAACUGAUACCAUGUCCUUUUUGAAGAGUUUAUCAGGACUUGUUGGAAAUGAUCCAAGGAGCCCUGAGAAGCAACCUCGCGAGAGGGCCGCUGCUUCUGUGCUCUUUGACUGGGAGGAGGAAAUAUAUGUUGCAAGAGCACCUGGACGGUUAGAUGUCAUGGGUGGUAUUGCAGAUUAUUCAGGUAGUCUUGUACUGCAGAUGCCCAUUCGAGAGGCAUGCCAUGUUGCUGUUCAGAGAAGUGAUCCUAUCAAGCAGAAGCAAUGGAAGCAUACACAGGCUAGACAAGUAGCAAAUGGAGGAGCAAUGCCAGUGUUACAAAUUGUAUCAUUUGGUUCUGAAUUAAGUAACCGUGCACCAACUUUCGACAUGGACCUGUCUGAUUUUAUUUAUGGUGACAAACCAAUAUCCUAUGAUAAUGCCAAAGAAUAUUUUUCUCUGGACCCCUCCCAAAAAUGGGCUGCCUAUGUUGCUGGAACUGUUCUUGUGUUGAUGACUGAGCUAGGGGUGCGCUUCACAGACAGCAUGAGCAUUUUGGUUUCUUCGUCUGUCCCUGAAGGCAAAGGUGUCUCCUCUUCUGCAUCAGUGGAAGUAGCAACAAUGUCUGCUAUCGCUGCUGCAUAUGGUUUAAAUAUUGAUCCAAGAGACCUUGCUUUACUCUGUCAGAAGGUUGAGAACUGUGUUGUUGGCGCUCCUUGUGGGGUGAUGGACCAAAUGACAUCAGCUUGUGGAGAAGCUAACAAACUCCUUGCAAUGGUUUGCCAGCCUGCAGAAGUGAAAGAGCUGGUUAGCAUUCCAACUCAUAUACGAUUUUGGGGUCUUGACUCUGGGAUACGACAUAGUGUUGGUGGCACUGAUUACGGGUCUGUAAGAGUAGGCACAUACAUGGGCCGCCAGAUGAUCAAGUGUGCUGCAUCUGACCUACUUUCAGAAUCAUUGCCCUUAUGUGUACCUAUGCUAUCAGGCGGCACAAAUCCUGACGAAUAUGAAGAACAUGCUGUAGAUCUUAUGAAAUCUGAAGCAUCUAUGGAUUAUUUGUGCAACCUACCACCUCAUAGAUAUGAAGCUGUUUACGCAAAAGGUAUUCCGGAGAUCAUAACUGGGGAUGCAUUUUUGGAGAAGUAUGGAGAUCAUAAUGACGCUGUAACAGUAGUUGACCCAAAGCGGUCUUACAGUGUGAAGGCUCCUACUAGACAUCCCGUAUACGAGAAUUUCCGAGUUGAGGCGUUCAAAGCAUUGUUAACAGCAACCAAGACAGACGAGCAACUUUCAGCCCUUGGAGAACUUAUGUACCAGUGCCACUACAGCUACAAUGCUUGCGGGCUUGGUUCUGACGGUACCGAUAGGCUGGUCAAUCUAGUACAAGAAAUCCAGCACAAGAAGACUUCACGGACUGGAGGUCCUAGUCUAUUUGGUGCGAAGAUCACUGGUGGAGGGUCCGGCGGCUCAGUUUGUGUAAUUGGGAAAAAUUGCAUUAGAAGCAGCGAAGAGAUCUUUGAGAUUCAGAGAAGAUACAAAGCAGCUACUGGGUACCUACCUAUUGUUUUCGAGGGCUCAUCUCCAGGCGCCGGCAAGUUUGGAUAUCUGAAGAUUCGACGCCGAUCCAUGUAGCCCUCUGACUGAAUGAAGAAUUCGGCGGUAGCAUAGGUUAUGCGAACAUUUGUCAAGGACCCAAAUACGACGCCUUCAUAUUGAUCGAACCACGCAUAACAUGUUACUAAUAGAAUAAAGAACGAUGUAGCAAUGCCAACAAUAAGAUCUAGUUACGACACUUGGAUGUACACUUGCCUUGGAUCCGUGACUGCCUGUGAUCAAAUGCGAUUCAGUAGUUUAAUUGGCGAUAUCUACUAUAUAAGAUACGAGUUGAUUCU